CACACACACACACACACAUCCACAGUAUGGAAAGAGCGAGACAGAGGUGGACACGGUCUGUCUUAACGCAGAGAGCCGACCUGCUUAGUGCGCAGUGACAGAGGAAUACAAAAACCCAUAGCAAAUAGACAAAGUUUUGUGUGACCAGUCCCCCUCCGCGCGGUUUUCUUUUUUUCCUUGAACGCCAUCCAGCUGGUCCAUGGGUUCAAGUUGCACAUAGGACUUGCGCUUACAAGUUUCCAAUGUACAGAUACUUGGAGACGACUGGAGAAUCGAGCAUGGGAUUAUUUUUGUAAUGUGGAUUGCUAUUCCUUUGCAAGAAGAUAAAGGUCUGCUGCGGAACAAUGUGAGACGUUUUGCGUCUAGGAUUCUCGUGUUUCUGGAUAUCUUGAAAAUCAUUGGCAACAGUUGAGAUUGAAGAAGUUAUGCGCAAAGGAUUGUAUGCUCCGACCCCGGGACCAACAUGGAUUUGCCAUUACAACCCCCUGCCCCUUAUUUAGAGAAGUUCUAGCCGGUCCACUUGUUUUGUUGUUGUUGUUGUUAUUGCAAACUUCAUGCUUGAGGACAAAUCGCCACAUUGGCCUCUUGGAUUUUAAACGUCGCCUGCCUUUGGAUUGGAUUUCAAACACGAUGAACUUUAUUGACAGUUUGACUCUAUUAUUUUUGACGCUGUCAGCUGUCAAGAGCGCCCACAUACCGAAGGAACCAGAAAGAGGUCCACAUGCCGUGAUCCCUUUAAUGGAGGUGUACAACAAGAGUUUGUGUAAGCCUCGAGAGCUGCUGGUGGAGAUUAUGCAGGAGUAUCCGGAGGAGGUGGAGCACAUCUUCAUCCCGUCGUGUGUGGUGUUGACGCGCUGCGCCGGCUGCUGCAAUGACGAGAUGAUGCAGUGUAUGCCAACGUCCAGCUAUAACGUCACAAUGGAGAUAAAAAGAAUAAAACCACAAAGGCAACAAAAUGAUAUUUUCAUGAGUUUCACAGAACACAGCGCAUGUGAGUGUAGGUCAAAGAUAGAAGUGAAAGAACAGAAAGAAAAGUUUUGCCGUCCUGUGCAUAAUGCUGGUCCUUUUUAUGUAAUGUUAAGAUAUGAGUGAUGGCUAUCUAUUGCCUUUUUUUGCUUUUCUGUUUUUGCUAGGAGGAUAUGUAAACAAGCAAAUGGUUUAACAAGCACUGUUUUGUAUCUUGGUUUGUCUACUUUUGUCUCUGAAACUAUACAAACACACCCAUAUAAUAUAUAACAAUAAUACAAAGAUGAUCUAAUUUGUUCUUCAUGCUCAUACUGUGAAAAAAUACCUUUUAUUUGUGAACAAUUGUAUUUUGAGAUGUAAUUGGAGUUUCUGAGCCUUCAUCUGUUCUGAAUCUAAUGUCUCUGUAAGAAACAUAGUCUGCACUUUUCACUCAAUAAAAUGAUAUCUUUCUUAAUGGAGCCCCAAGCAGACCCUUGAGUCUUCUUUAUCAAGAGUUUACCUUUUGUGAGAGUGAGAGCAAGGUCAUCGACCCGCAGUUCAAAGCCAAUAAGUGUCGUUUCGUGUUGCAUGAACCAGUUUUGCUCAAUGCAUGUCUAUCACAUUCAUGGGAUUUGUGAGCGGUCCAAUCAACACGGGAGGGUUUAGGGUGCGUGAGGGAGGGUCAUUUUACUGCUUGAGUAUUUGCCUGCUCUGUGGGAACCUGUGUGCAAUACAACCCAACUGUCACAUGUAGUACAACUUGUCAGCUUGGCUUAGAAGAGCAAGCUGGAGCGUAUAACCCUGCUGACCUAAGGGUGACCUUUCUUAUGGGUGGUAAUCAUACCCUGUGAUAAUAAUCUCUCUCCCUCUUUCUCUCCAUCUCU